GGAGGGGGGAAGGUGGAGGGUCUUCCAUUCCGCUUAAUUGGCUGCAAUUUGCGUGUUGGCGCGCCGGCAUGAAGAUAGGUUUGUUUGCUGAAAAACACCCUCCUGUCUUUGUUUAGUUUAGCCGAGUUAUUGACGUUCAAGCCCCCCUGCACGGAGGAGGAUGCGCCUCUCUCCACCCGGAGCAGCGAGAGCGCGCAUCGGCCGUGGACGCACGGAGCUCGAACACCUGCUUCGGAUAACAGAGGGAUAUCCUCCAUCCUUGUUUCUAUCACCCACGAAGCGUGGAUGUGGAACUGAUACGGACGCGAAGCUCAUUUGGUAGCCAAAACAUUUUGGAGGCUUUUUAUAUAUAUAUACACAGGAGAUAAAUCCCCCCCACACCCCUGCAAGGAUGCCGGGUGGACCUCUGUCCCUCUACAUCGGCAUGGAGGUGGCCAUCGCGGUGGCGUCCGUCAUCGGCAAUGUGAUGGUGGUGUGGGCGGUGAAAAUCAACAGAUCCUUGCGGGACACCACCUUUUGUUUCAUCGUCUCCUUAGCCCUGGCCGACAUCGCGGUGGGAGCACUGGUCAUCCCCCUGGCCAUCACCAUCAGCAUCGGACUCCAAACUCACUUCUACAGCUGCCUGAUGGUCGCCUGCACCGUGCUGGUGCUCACGCAAAGUUCCAUCCUGGCGCUGCUGGCCAUCGCCAUUGACCGUUACCUCAGGGUCAAGGUCCCCACCAGGUACAAGAGUUUGGUGACGCCUCGUCGAGCGGGGAUGGCGGUGGUGGCGUGCUGGACCGUGGCAUUCAUCGUGGGUCUCACCCCCAUGUUGGGCUGGAACAACCUGGGGCGUCUUCAACAGAACGGCUCCAUCAGCCCCGACCUGGUCAUCACCUGCCAGUUCGAGAACGUCAUCAGCAUGGAGUACAUGGUCUAUUUCAACUUUUUCGGCUGGGUGCUGCCGCCGCUCUUGCUCAUGCUGGUCAUCUACGUGGAGAUCUUCUACAUGAUCCACAAGCAGCUCAAUAGCAAAAAGUUCACCAGCAGCCACGCCGACCCCAACAAGUACUACGACAAGGAGCUCAAUCUUGCUAAAUCUUUAGCUCUGGUCCUUUUUCUCUUUGCCAUCAGCUGGCUCCCCCUGCACAUCAUCAACUGCAUCACACUCUUCUGCCCCAGGUGCCAGAAGCCCAUCAUCCUCCUCUACGUCGCCAUCCUGCUCACCCACGGCAACUCUGCCGUCAACCCCAUUGUUUACGCCUUCCGCAUCAAGAAGUUCCGCACAGCCUUCCGCAAAAUCUGGCAGCAGUAUGUCUGCUGCAAGGACACCCCUGCUCUGGAGAUCCAGCCCAGUGACAGGAGGGAGAUGUCCAAUCUAGAGCCCCUGAAGGCCACGCCGCUGCAGCUCCCUUGGAAGAGGAAUCAGACAGCCGACACCUUGCAGCUCUCGCCUCAAGCUGGGGAGUACCUGGACCAGAGGACCGAAACCUUGCACAUGAAAGACCAUCCCCGCUUGUUGGAGAAGAAUGCAGUUUAAACUGAAAGCUGUCUGGGGAUUACCGAUCAUAGCACAGCAACUGUCCAUCCUCAUUGGGAAUAUAUUCUAAUGAGGAGGAGGACUUCCUCCAAAGUGCUCGUGGAUGCUGAGAUGAACUAACCUGACUCUCGCCAGAUCCUUGUAGUUCGCUGAGCUCCACACAAGAAUCUGGGACUUCUCAAUAGGAGAUGUAUUUCAGAAGGCGGGGCCUUGUAAAAAAAAUAAUUGUAUGUGAUUGGAUAAACUACUUGUCCGUUAUCUUGAAUGACGUGCUACUUCAACCACUCACAUCGAAAUCAACCCGUGAAAUCCAAACAGAACAGCCGACAUAUUGGAUCAUUGGUUCAUCUUUUAAAGAAUUAUUAUUCGAUAGAUUCGACAAAACAGUUUCGAUAGCAGCAUCAAUGUCAGCACACGACUCCUUGCUGCGUGCCGCCAUUGUUGUUUGAAUCAAACAGUCGCUUCGGCGCUACGUCACAUCUAUGAAAUCCCGCCCGGCGAUCCUGAUUGGUUCAUUAUUUUUUGCUACCUUGAAGGAGUUUGCAUUGCCCUCGAGCCCAGAUCCUUGUGUGGAGCUCAGCGAACUACAAGGGUCUAGCAAGAGUCAGGUUCGAGAUGAACACGACCAACAGGAAGAUCAUUUGCCUUUACUCAAGAGGAGUGCGUAACACUGGAAAUCUGAGCUGGAAUAAACUUGCAAUAAUUGAAUACAAGUCUAUGACAGUGACAUUAUGUUUGCUUAGUGUGGGAGGCGGUUUCAUUCAUUUUGAUGCAUCAGUCCAUUUGAAAUAAGCAAUCGAAGACAUUGUGGUUUAUGAGUAUCAAAGUCAGAUGUAUACAUGACUUGAGUGAAGAUGAACACAAUCAACAGUUAAGCCACUUUUUGGGCCAAUUUUAAGUCGUUAGGCAUUGCCAGUUCUGCAGUGUUCAAGUGGGUAAGGGAGGCCAUUGGCAACUCCCUAAACGUAUUUUUCUUGCAAACUCUCUGACCGUUUUUAAUCACGGCGCCUGCACAAAGUGGAUAAACAGCCAGCUAAAGUCACAUUGCGAAGGGCAUUAAUUUAUCGCAACUGGACUGUUCAGCUUGUUUAGGACAGGGGUGUCCGAAGUGCGGCCCGCAGCCCAUUCUAAAAAUAUUACCAUAAAUUAUAAACACCUAAAAAAGUGGAAUAAAAGGGCAAACAGGUUUAAUGUAACGGGGAAAAAUUUAAGUAUUGAUGCAUUUUCUGUAAAUAAUAUUUCUUUCAAACUGACAAAUAUAAACAUUUUUCUCUACGCAGUCCUCAGUGGAUGAAAGUUUGGACACCCCUGGCCUAGGAAGACGCUUCACCUCUGAUCCAAGCUGGCUCUGUCAGUUCAUGCUCAGACUUAGAACUAACAUGAAGUGGAAUGUCUUGUAGAACAACAUGCACACUCCAGUUUCCACGGAUUCAAUGCCCUGAGAAUACAUUGACAAUAUUCACAGGGAAGAUUGUUGUAGUGAGUGUACAUGCGCUUUGGUACAGAUCCAGACGCACACGAUGAUACAAAGCAUAAUGUUUCUCAGUUUAGGUUGUUUUUAGCAUCAGCACUAAUGUCGUCCCAGUCCGAUAUUUAUAUCAGAUAUCAGCAUAACAAGUAUCGGAUUAUAUCGGCUUGCGUUUACAUUUUCCCAUAUAAGUCUCAGAUACAAGCAGUCCUGCGGUGCAUUUACUUGUACAAAGUUGGACAGCCAGUUAACAUCUAAAUAUUCUUCAACAAUCACACACACAGUUGGUCGUUUCCUGUAUUUUAAUCAAGUCAUUUACAAAAAUAUAAAUAUUGUGGCCUGUGACUCUGAGGGAGACAAUCGAUAGAAAAUAGAUGGAUGAAUAGUUAGGCUGUAAGUUACUAGGAUCUAGCAGCUACACAACAGCUAAGCACACAGUAUCGUACAAGCUAGACAUACGUAAAAACUGACCUUAAUUGAACAAUAUUGCAGUCUAAAACACAUUUGUCAAUAUAAACAAGUACCAAAUAAUAAUAGUUGCAUAUUACUUACAGAUACGAAGCCUCCAAGGCAACUAAUACCUACUAUUGUUCUCUGUUUGAGUAAUGUUACUUGAACAACCUUUUUCUAACAUGCCACACUACAACAUAGUCAAAGUAUGUAUGAUUAAUGGUGAUAAUGAAUAGGGUUAAUAUCAAUAGCAGCCAAUACUCAAGACCCAAAUAUCGGUAUAAUAUCGGAAGUAAAAAGUUGUAGCGGGCCCCCACUAAUUAACGUCAUGCAUCCAUGUAAAAUGAAUGUAUAACAUCCCCUAUGUUGUUUGUUCAAAAUGCUUUGGAAAACAUGCCAGCAAAUACUGUAUAGUACGGAUAUCCUCAGAGUUUCAUUAGUCAAAUGGUCAAAAUUUUACAAGCGAUUAGUUGCUUUAAGUCUCACCCGUGUCCUCACAAAGAUGUUUUAGUUGAUGGUGGCCGUGUUUUUUAACCAAUCUUACUCAAAUAUUCUUGUCCCUUGUCCUUUAAAAUGACCGUAGCGAUUGGUCUAAAAACCCACAGGGUACAGCGGGUGUUCAGUAGAACGCAAUAAAGGGGAUGUUUGCAACUUUUAUGAGGCUACCUAGAGGGUGCCAACACUCCAAAGGGAUGUAAUAAUUUAUUCCAGCCUUAUUUCAGUGUUCUGUAGAUGCAAUGAAUCUAAGUAAUGCAGAAAUGUAAUUGGAGUUAUCUCACAUGAAUACAAUUAAUACCCUAAACGACGCUACAUAUUUUUAAAAAUGUUGUCAUUUAACAUAUAUGUUUCACACUACUAACGAUCAAAUAUAUGAUUUAUUGUGCUUUUUUAAUCCACACAUGAAACCAUAACCCAAUAAAAUUUACACAUUAGCUUGUUUAAUAGUUUGUAGGGUGAAAUAUCAAAUGACAAAAAUAUGUGUAAAAAAAAAUUAUAAAAUAUGCAUAAAAAUACACAGCGUGUAUAUUAAACGACAAAAUACAAAACUAUUGCGACAGUUAUUAUAACGAUUGUACUCAGGGAAAGACGCAUUCAAUGCACAAUUACAUGUCUGCAUUUCUGUGAAUCAUACGCAUGGGCAGUUGCAUGGGGUGCAUGAAUUCCAAUGGGGAGCAUGUCACACCAGAAUACAUGCUUUUAGCAUCAAAACUACGCCCCCCCCCCCACCCCCACCUCCCAACACACACACAC